AGUAAACUUCAGAAUGAGGGGGCAUACGUGUAUAAGAAUAAGUUGUUGGAAUGUCCGGAACAGAAUGAAAAUAUGAACUCCUUAGACUACUUGAAGAACUUUCAGGAAUUACAGGAGUAUGCUCGGUUGCUUCUUGAUUUGAUGAAUGAAAUGUAUAAAGCCGGUGACGAAUCAAAGCGUAAAGCUUCUCAACAACUUUUAAAUACUAUCCAUACAUCUUUGACAGAAAUAACAAUCAAUGCACCAGAUUCUGAAACUCUUUUAUUCUUUAAGACAGCAUCAAAGUUAUAUCGGGAAAAACUAUCACCACAGAAAUUUAAUUUUUCGGAUAAAAU